AUGUCCUGCCUGUGCGUGAGUCCAUACAGCGAGGAGGGAGGAGAGCAGGACGAGGCCAUGAGGGAGCUGGAAGGGACGCAGGUCGGUGUUGGAGAGCUGAAGUCUCCCAUAGCCCCAGUGGAAGCCCACUUACUGGAGCAGAAUCACCAGGAGGCACUGGAGGACAUGGCUGUGGAUGGGGAUGUGGUUGGCACCCAGGACACAGACUCCAACGUGAGCAGCAAGGAGGUCCCCUCAUCCAGCAUGGAGCUGCAGGAAGCCCCAAGACUCAGCAGACAGGACACAGUCGCUGUGGAUAAGCCGGGCUCUGACCUGGCCAUGGUGGGGACCUGCUUGACCCCAAAGCUGCAGAAGGCACUGAGGGGUCCUGGUGUGGAUGGGGCCUCCCAGGCUACCAUUUCGCUGUUACUUGCAAAGCCUGAAACCUCCCAUAAGGCCUCAUCCUUGCUGCUGAAGAGACGCCCUACCCCGUUCAUACAUAACGUGGACUUUAUCUUGAGGCACAAAAGUGGCAGCCAGGACCUCGAGUCCAGCCAGGGCCCCACAGCCAGCAAGGACCAACCUAGCAGCAAGGAGAAGCUGGAAACCCUAGGACAUGUGGAAGGAGAGGUGGAAUUCUCUGACUUUCCGGACACUACCACUGGCAAGAAGUGUUUCGCCCACACGUCCUCUGGGAAAGAUGACUCAGACAGUUUAGAUCCUGUUGAUAUCGAAAGAAUCCUCUGCUUCGAAGACUUCUUGAAGCUGGUGGAGUUGGUAGCUUUGCCCCGGAGAACUCUGCUUCAGGUUAUCAGUUACUACCAGCAGAAGCUGAGGGACAGCACCAGCCAGAGAGACUCUAUGGAUUAUGAAUUCUGCAAGUGUCACAGGAAGAAGCCCUACAAAAUUCAGAAAGAGACCCCUGAGCUUUCCUUUGUAAGCACUGCCCACAUCUCAGCUGUGAACAGAAGGGAGACAGCAGCUGACAUGGAGAGCCUCAGAGCAGAAACAGGCAGUGAAGCAGCACAGGCUCAGCCAGGCCCAGUGUCAGUGGCAGAGGAUCAGCAGGGGCUCGAUCAGCACGCAGAAGAGCAGGAAGCCAGUGCCAGGAGUAAAGUUCAAGAGAACAGCUCACAGCUAUUGCCACAAGAUAAACAAGAGGAAUACGAGGUGAAUGCUAAGAGGUACUGGGAUGACUUUUAUAAAAUCCAUGAAAAUGGCUUCUUCAAGGACAGGCACUGGCUGUUCACUGAAUUUCCUGAGCUGGCACCUAACAGGAACCCAAGUCAAAAUGGGGAUUCUGUCCAAGAAUUUAGUAACAAAGAAGAAUCCAGCAAUGAAAGGCUGGGAAGCUGUGAAAAUGGACAUUGUUCAGUGGAAACCAGAGCAGAGAAUCAGUUAAACCUGAUCAGAUGCACACCUAAGAUCCGCACAGAGGAGUUGGCCACGCAGAAGUACAGUGAGCUGAACCAAAGUGGUGGAGGUUUCCCGGGAUCAUCUGCAUCUUACCGUAUCUUAGAGGUUGGCUGUGGUGCUGGAAAUACAGUCUUCCCAAUUUUACAAACCAAUAAUGACCCAGGCCUUUUUGUUUACUGCUGUGAUUUUUCUACAACAGCUGUGGAUCUUGUGCAGAACAAUGCAGAAUAUGAUUCUUCUCGCUGCUUUGCAUUUGUCCAUGACCUGUGCAACGACCAAAGUCCUUUCCCAAUGCCAGAAGAGAGUCUUGACGUUGUUAUUCUUAUCUUUGUCCUCUCAGCGAUUCUCCCAGAGAAGAUGCAAAGCAUCGUUAACAGACUGAGUCGCCUCCUGAAACCAGGAGGAAUGAUUUUGUUACGAGAUUACGGCCGUUACGAUCUGGCCCAGCUUCGGUUUAAGAAAGGUCAAUGUCUGUCUAAUAACUUCUAUGUGAGAGGUGAUGGCACCAGAGUCUACUUCUUCACUCAAGAUGAACUGGAUGAUCUCUUCACAACAGCUGGGCUGGAGAAAAUCCAAAAUCUGGUUGAUCGGCGAUUGCAAGUGAACCGUGGGAAACAAAUGACGAUGUACAGAGUGUGGAUCCAGUGCAAGUACCGCAAGCCUGCCACCCCUCAGCUGUGAGGAAACGGGGUGUGCUUUUUAGAUUGGAGCCUCUUCGUGGCUACGUGCAGCAUCUCCUUCUGGUGAGAUGUGGUUUUAUGGAAUUCAGCACGCACAGGACCUCAGUGCCUUUUACAGUGCCUGGCAUCACUUCAAGGACGAAUGCUCUAAAAGGAGACCAAACAGUUUUUUAGAUUCCUUG